CCUGUCGAUUCUUCUUCCUACUAGUAAACUCAAUCUCUAUAAGGUAACCUGGAAAAUGAACGUUCUAGGGGAUUUGUGCCUGAUUCUACUGAUCAGGUCAUCCAUCGCCCCCGGAUCAUGUCCAGGAGGAAGGUUCGGUGGUAGGUUAGAGGCAAAUGCUAAAGCUAAACAGAAUACUCCAACUACACCACCUUCCGGGUUGGUUCUUGACAUUGGCCAACCAGAUUCCACAAACUACCAGUCCUUUGACUAUAACAAUGAUGGGAUUCCUACAAAACUCAUUAUGCCAAAGGAUGAUAACGUAAUAACAUCAAUCAAGGAAGGUUCUUUAGACAUAUGGAAGACUUCUGGAGAUAAUGUCGCAUGCGCAUUUGUAACUCUUCGUCUGAGCGACGGCAAACCUGUAAUUGCACAACUAACUAAAAAUACCAAUGGACAUCCAAUGGUUAUAUUUGUAAAGAAAGAUGGUACAUGGAAGCCUACAGACGAUUACACUAAUGAGCUUUCUAAGCUGAGGAAAACUCCAGAGUCUGUAGAGAACUUUACCCUUGACCUCUCUAUUAACCAGGAUACUCCAAACUGCAGAAUCUUUGAUACCAAGCUUUAUGGAGUCCCAGUCCGUUUUUAUGCCCCUAAAUUUGGCUUUCAUGCUACAAAAAUGUCCUUUGGAGGAACUGAGCUCUGGACAAAUGCUCCUGAAUCGAAUAAGAGAAUCUUCCUUUUGAUAGCUGGGUUGGGUAAUGGAGAACUGAAGACCAUUAAUGCAUUCAUAAGGGAUCCAAACAAUGGCUCUGAGUUGUUAUAUUACGGAUUUAAAGAUGGAAAGUGGGAGAAUAUCAGUAAGGAUGAAUAUAACAAGAAGUUUGAGGGGUUGAAGAAAUAGCAUUUUCCCUCCCUAUCUCAUCUAUAUCACAAGGAAUGGAUAGAAACUACAUAAGAUCUUUAUAAUGUCUAUAAAGGCAGAAUAUACCAAAUCAUAUUCACGCUGGGAAGAUUGGACAUUCAAGACUCCCAAAUUAUGGAGAAUGUAGUAUAGACUUUACAAAUUAAUGCAGUUUGUUUUGUGAGAUUCUCAUCUCUUGUUAAACACAUGCCUAAACUUG